AUGGCGAUGAUGAUGGCUGGCCGUGUGCUGCUGGUGUGUGCCCUCUGCGUGCUGUGGUGCGGUGCCGGCGGCGGUGGCUGUGAUGACACACCGCAGGCUUUACUUUCUGGCUCUGGUGGUGGCACGGUUGUUGGUACUGGUGCUGGCCCAAGUGGUGGAGCUGACAAUGGUUUGUUUGCUUCUGAGCCUAAUGGGGAGAGCGAGGGGGAUCGUUUGGAGAGGACGGAUUUGGGGCAAAUAAACUCAUCCCCUCGCGGUGGAACUGUGGGGCUAGACAACAAGUUGGCAGUGAUGCCUGUGGGAUCUCCGGUAACACGCAAUCAAGUGUUGUCGAAUGAAGCGCUGUCUUUGCAGUCACCACCAUCACCAAAACCAUCAGCACCAGAAUUACAGAAUUUACCAGAAGGCCCACCACUAUCCGGUGGCAGCCAAGGUGGUGAAGCUGACAAUGCCGUUGGUGGUGUUGGCCCGAGUGGAAGUUCUUCUGGAAGUGGUGUUAAAUCCAUGGUAUCCGCUUCUUUUUCCGCCUGUACGCUUUCACCCCCCAAUCCCGUUGACUGGGAUGUUUUGCAGGGCGGCAAGGGUACGACAGCCACCCUGAGCAUGGAUUCCUCAGAAAAAAGCGUUAAGUCACAAUCAGCAGAACCUCCAGCACCCGCACAACCCAACUUGGAUAGACAAGAGGCGUCAACAUCUAAUGCAGAAGACCACUCCCCUAUUAAGCCACACACCGCAGGAAAUCAAGUUGUUAAUGGCGGUGCAACUGAAAAGGAGAACACGCAGAGGGCCGCAGUGACGGGAGGACCUUCCAGCGACACACAACCAACAACACUGCAAGCAGCUCCACAAGAACAGCCAAAAACAGAACUAAUAAUAGUGCCCGCAGGAAAAGAACGCGCAACAGACCCACGUACUCGAGAAAAAGAAGAAAGAGACUCCAAGAAAGCACCACCACCACCACCACCGGCAAGUUCAGCAGGAGGAACCCCAGCAGCAAAAGAAUUACAAAUUUCAACGGAGGAAAUGCACCAAACGUCACCGUCAGAAGCCCAAAAAGAGCUUUUGGGACAAGAAACCCCUUCAAAGGAUGACGCGGAAGAGCAAAACACUGAGGGCACAGCAGCAUCGGAUUCGGUGAAGGACGAAGCUGCCAGCAGCUUGGUGGAAACAACAGCUCCACCCAUCUCUACAAGUGGCGGUGCUGAUACAAAGAGUGUAGCGAGUGAGGAUGCUGAUAAUGCUCAACAGCCCAAUCAUAAAGAAACACACAAAGACCCCGAGCCUCAAAAUACGAGUCCUGCUUUUACAGCCACUGAGGCACUGCCACAAACAGCAAUACCACUCACCACCGCUCCAACAAAUGAUAAUACGACACCUGGCGACAGUGACAGCAGCACCGCGGUCUCCCACACCACCUCCCCUCCUUUGCUUCUUCUUGUUGUUGUUGCGUGUGCGGCUGCGGCUGCGGUGGUGGCUGCGUGA